UUACAGGAGAGACAAGGAUCUAUUUAUUCUUGUUCUUAGUUCUUAGUUUCUCCGCAUGAGGCCCCCAAAAUCAAUUCGAACUCGGGCUGUCACUCCUGUCGAGCCUUAAGGGGUUUUCUUCCUGAAUAUGUUGAUACAAGAUAAAAUAAAAUUAAGAUAUUUUCCAGUACAAAUGGACAAAAUGUCUGAAUAAAAAUAAAUUAUGCAAUAAAUAAUAUAAAUUUGUAUGUUUUAUUUAUUUAUGUGUAUGAAAAGCAAAGUUAGGUUAACUUGUAUUUUAAUUUUUUGUAUAGAGGAAAGAUUCUAUUAAAAACAUAAUAUAUCUACAAAAUGAGUUUGCACAAUGAUCACAAUGAUUAUAACAAUGAAGAUGAUGGGCCCAAAAUGCCAUUGGAAGAAGAUUGUUGUGGUAGUGGUUGUACUCCAUGUGUUUUUGAUGUUUACAAAAUAUUGCUAAAAGAAUGGGAAAGCAGGAAGAUACAAGAUGUGAAAGUAAAAACGUCCAGCAACUUGUUAUCUCUUCUAUCUUAUAAAACAUUUAUUAUCAAAGAUAUAUCUGAAACAUCAGAAGAUUAUUUUUUAGUACAUUUGGAAUAUCCAGAACACAAAAUAAAAAAAGAUGUUAGUUUGCAUUUUAUACCUGGACAAUAUGUUAUGCUGCAUGCAAAAUGCAAGUCCCGGCCAUAUACACCAAUUGUCUGGACAAACAAGGAUUUAGUUUUGUUAGUGAAAUUAUACAACCAAGGUGAAUUUAGUUCGUAUCUGAAAGAAGCAUCAGUUGGGAGUACAAUUGACAUUAGAGGUCCAUAUGGGAAUUUUAAAUAUGAAAACAACAGUUUCCAACAGAUCGUCAUGUUUAGUAUUGGCUCAGGAAUAGCAGCACUUUAUCCUAUUGCUAAAGCAAUUGUCGACGACGAAACAGAAUUAACGAGGGUGUAUCUUGUUGCGGGAUUUCAAUCUGUAGCACAUGUGCCUCUGAAAAAAGAAUUGAGACAUUUAGUGGAUUUUUGGAAUUUUAAAUGUACUCUACAGCUGUCACAGUUAAAUGACAAGAUAAGUAGUUUUCAUGGUUUUAAUAUAAAAGCUGGUCGCUUAAACAAAUCACUUGUUGCUGAUUAUCUUCAAUCUAAUAGCACAGAAACAACAUUAAUUUUAAUAUGUGGAACUUCAGAGUUUAAUCAAUCUAUGAGAGAAUGGCUUCAGGAAAUGAAUUAUAGACAUGUACAUAUAUUUGAAUAAAAUAUGAAUGCUUUAAAAGA